AGUCUGUUUGUUGAAUUCUCGCAGUCGGUGUUUUUAUAAUAUAGACAUGUUCAAAGUCUUUUUUUAUUUUUAUACGUUUGCAGUUCAUAUUUUAUAUGAAUGUUCUUCACCAUGACAAAGGAAGUGACAAUAAUUUCCCAUGGAAUUUUAUGACGAUUGAGAAGUCUAAGAUCAGAACCAAUCCUGAAGAAAUUGUGAUUCCGAAUAUGACUCCAAUAAUCGAGUCACUCUUUAAAAAGAUUUUUGCCACAAAGAGUAAAGGAAUGAAGACUAUCAAAGACUCGUUUGAUUCUUCAGAAUCACAGCCCCUUACAGGGAUUGAGAGUCCGCUUUUUCGUGGCCUAGGACAUCCAAUGCCGAUUGUUCAAGAAGUUCAGUCCUUACGUGUUUUUGUUGCGACAUGGAAUGUAGGAGGGCAAUCCCCUCCUGAUAGUGGCCUUGAUCUCGAUCAAUUUCUUCAGGUCCGAGAUCCGUCGGAUAUAUACAUUUUGGGCUUUCAGGAAAUAGUCCCCUUGAAUGCUGGGAAUGUGUUAGUUAUAGAAGAUAAUGGAACGGCAGCGAAAUGGCUAUCUUUAAUUAGCAACUCCUUGAAUCAAUCUACCAAUGGUCGGACCAACAGCAAAACAAUUUCCUCUUUUGGCAUCAAGCCUUUGGUUCGGGGAAGUCCAAAGCCCAACUCUGCUAUUGGCAGCUCGCUAUUCUUUCAAAAGACUUCCCUCAAAGCAGCAACUAAAAUAUUCAGGGGCGAGAAUGCAAGGAUGCUUAAGAGUUGCAACUGCACUUUAGACUUCUUGGAAAGGAAGUAUAGUAAAGAUUCAUGUUCUAAAUGGCAAGAGUCGAAUAUUAGUGAAAAUGACUCCUCUUCUGAUGAUGAGGGAAUCACCGGUCCCUCUAGUACUAACCAGAUGAGUUAUAGCCUUGUAGUUAGCAAGCAGAUGGUGGGAAUCUUUGUUACUGUUUGGGUUAGGAACGAACUAAUCCCUCACAUAGGGCACUUGAGAACUUCUUACACCAGUCGCGGGAUCAUGGGCUGCCUUGGGAACAAGGGGUGUAUCUCCGUGAGUAUGUCAAUCCACCAAACAAGCUUUUGUUUUGUUUGCAGUCACUUGGCGUCGGGGGAGAAAGAAGGGGAUGAGCUUAGAAGAAAUUCGGACGUUAUAGAGACACUCAGAAACACACAGUUUCCAAAGAUAUGCAGAACACCUAAUAAUAAGAUACCCGAAAAAAUUCUAGAACACGACCGGAUCAUUUGGUUAGGAGAUUUAAACUACCGGAUUGCUUUGAGCUAUUCUGACACGAAAAAACUUCUAGUGGAGAACAAAUGGGAUACCCUUCUUGGCAAGGAUCAGCUCAAGAUGGAAAUGGAAGCUGGGCGAGUAUUCAAGGGAUGGAAAGAAGGAAAGAUCUACUUUGCACCUACAUACAAAUACUCCUACAACUCGGACACUUAUGCAGGGGACACUAUAAACUCGAAGGAUAAAAGGAGAACUCCGGCAUGGUGCGACAGAAUACUGUGGCAUGGAAAUGGGAUAAAGCUACUGUCUUAUGUACGCCGCGAAAUCCGAUUUUCUGACCACCGGCCUGUUUUGGCGAAUUUUUUGGUGGAUGUCAUGGUUGUCAAAGGUGGAUUAAAGAAGGGACUAUCUAACUCGAACAUGAAAGUUGAAAUUGAAGAACUCCUCCCCAAGCAUGUAGAAAUUUUUAUCGAAUAACAUGUUCGUCUGCACGCUUAUCUUUAAGGGUAGAAGAGGAAGAAGAUCCGAGCGUGGUCAUGGAAGACAUUGGCCACUUACAAGCUUCUAUGGGUGUGAGUAGUUAGGAAUUUGAAGGGUAGAUGAAAGACUUGGUUCUCUUCCAUUUUUGUUAGUCACACACACACACACACACACACAGUUAUGUACAACUAACUUACAAGCAAUUUCUUGUUAUGACUACAGAAGUGUAAACACUACCAAGUGCAGUGAUUUACCGACUACAUAAGCUAGUCUUGGGAACAGGGGAAGAUAGUCUUGUUUACCAUUGUCCCAAAAUUUGCAUUGAAUGUAUUAAGCUGUGUUUAAAUUGGAGCUUUGGAAUUGUAAACCUUUGGUUCAAUUUUU